AUGAUCACCAUACUGAAUUGUCUCAGAGUCAUCGGUCUUUUCUUCCUCCUGGAGCUUCCCUCAGUAAGAGCGUAUGAUGACCCCCUGGUCAGUCUCGAUUAUGGAACCUUCCAGGGAAAAUAUGACGCGACUUACAACCUCUCAUACUUCCGAAAGAUCCCCUAUGCAGCGCCUCCCGUAGGGGAGAAUCGCUUUCGUGCACCUCAGGCCCCUCUCAAGAUCACCAAUGGCAUCUACGACACUGACCAGCCCUUCGACAUGUGUCCCCAGCGCACCGUCAACGGCUCCGAGGACUGUCUCUACCUAGGCCUCUUCUCCCGGCCAUGGGACACCAGCGCAACACCCACGGCCGCACGACCCGUGCUGGUCGUCUUCUACGGCGGCGCUUUCAUCCAAGGCAGCGCCUCCUUCACCAUGCCGCCGUCAUCCUUCCCCGUCUUAAACGCCAGCGCCCUCAACGACUACGUCGUCCUCUACCCCAACUACCGUGUCAACGCCUUCGGCUUCCUCCCCGGCAAGGCCAUCAAAGCCUCCAAGACGUCCGACCUGAACCCAGGCCUCCGCGACCAACAGUACGUCCUCAAAUGGGUGCAGGAGCACAUCCACCACUUCGGCGGCGACCCCCGCAACGUCACGAUCUGGGGCCAGUCCGCCGGCGGCGGCUCCGUCAUCGCGCAGGUCCUCGCCAACGGCCGCGCGUCCCAACCGAAACUCUUCACCAAGGCGCUCGCCAGCUCUCCCUUCUGGCCAAAGACCUACACCUACGACUCGCUCGAGGCCGAGGCCAUCUACGCGCAGCUGACAGAGCGCACCGGCUGCGCCAACGCAACGGACCCCCUCGCCUGCCUGAAGACCGUCGACGUGCAGACCAUCCGCGACGCGAGCCUGGCCAUCAGCGCGUCGCACACCUGGACCUCCAGCUCGUAUACCUGGGCACCCGUUGUCGACGGCGAGUUCCUCACCGACACGCUCACGGACGCGGUACGUCGCCGCGCGCUGCGCACCGACCUCAUCUUCGCCAUGUACAACACGCACGAGGGCGAGAAUUUCAUCCCCGCCGGCCUGGGGGCGCCGUCCGGCAGCGACGGGUUCAAUGCGUCCGCGGCCGGGUUCCGACACUGGCUGCGCGGGUUCCUCCCCGGCCUGUCGGAGCGCGAGAUCAACCGCGUCGAGCAGCGAUAUUACCCGGCCCGUGGGCGCACCGAGACGCUCGCGUAUAAUACCACGGCUGUACGCGCGGGCCUGGUGUAUCGCGACGUGGUGCUGGCUUGUCCCGCGUAUUGGGUUGCGAGUGCGGCGCGUGCGGACGGGUUCCUCGGGGAGUAUACGAUUGCGCCGGCCAAGCAUGCGAGUGAUACGGUUUAUUGGAAUACGCUGAACCCCGUGCAGAAGACGGAUCCGAUCGUGUACACGGGGUAUGCGGGCGCGUUCGCGAGUUUCUUCCAGACGGGUGACCCCAAUGCGCAUAAGCUAACCGGGCCGGAGGAGCCUGGGGUGCCGAGCCUGCGGGGUGGGGAGGAGUUUGUGGUUGUGGACGGGGGGUUUGACAAUGUGGAGGUGUCGUUGUUGGAGGAGAGGUAUCCCCAUAUCCCGUCCUGA